GAAACAAAGACAGAAAUAAAAUAAAUGAAAUACAGGCAGAAGGGGGGGAAAGGCAUUUUAAUAAAACGUUAAGUUUGUUUUGUUUUUUAUUCAGGCGGUCUCGCGGGCUCUCUGACACACACAGCGGUCCUUCUGUCGCGGGUUAUUGACGUCACUCAGCGCACGUGUAGACGGAACUCUACACUGAUGUUGGCUGCGGGCUUCAGUGUUUAGUUUUGUCGUAGUUUGUCGUGUUUAUAAAUAUAGCAGUGAGUUCUCUGUGUGUAGUGUAGUGAGUGUGUGUAAAAUUCUCCGCGAUGGGGGGUUUACAGAAGAAGAAGUACGAGAGCGGCUCAGCCACCAACUACAUCAGCAGGAACAAAGCGCGCAAGAAGCUGAGCCUGAGUCUGGCUGAUUUCAGACGAUUGUGCAUCUUGAAGGGAAUUUACCCACAUGAACCCAAACACAAGAAGAAGGUCAACAAGGGCUCCACGGCCCAGAGGACCUUCUACCUGCUCAAAGACAUCCGCUUCCUCUUGCACGAGCCCAUCGUCCGCAAGUUCAGAGAGUACAAGAUAUUCGUGCGUAAACUGCGGAAGGCGUACGGGAAGGCCGAGUGGGGCUCCGUCGAGAGGCUGAAAGACAACAAACCCGCCUACAAAGUGGACCACAUCGUAAAGGAAAGGUAUCCGACGUUCAUCGACGCUCUGCGGGACGUAGACGACGCUCUGUCCAUGUGUUUCCUCUUCUCUACGUUCGCUCGCACCGGGAAGUGCCACGUGCAGGUGAUCCAGCUGUGCCGCAGACUCAGUGUGGAGUGGAUGAACUACAUCAUCACUUCGCGCUCGCUCAAAAAGGUGUUUCUAUCCAUCAAGGGCAUCUAUUACCAGGCAGAAGUUCUGGGACAGACCAUCACCUGGCUUGUACCAUAUCAGUUUGCUCAUGAUCAUCCUACAGAUGUGGAUUACAGAGUCAUGUCCACUUUCACAGAGUUCUACACCACACUGCUUGGCUUCGUCAACUUCCGCCUCUACCAAACCCUCAACCUCGUUUACCCACCUAAGCUUGAUGGAAAAGGAGAGGCGGAGCUCAAACCUGAAUUUGAGGAGGACUACGCCAUGGAUUCGGAGAGCUACCUGGAGAAACUGUCAGCGCUGAGCGCCAGUCUGGCUCGUGUCGUCUCCACGGUUGAAGAAGAGGAAGCGGAGAUGGACCAUUUCCCCGCCGAAGGGGAGGACAUGGAGAAGAUGGAGGUGAGGGAAAAGGCGCAGCAUGAAGAGGACAAGCACAAGAAGCUCUUCGAGGGCCUCAAGUUCUUCCUGAACAGAGAAGUGCCGAGAGAAUCUCUGGCUUUCGUGCUAAGGUGUUUCGGUGCACAGGUCUCCUGGGACAAAUCUCUGUGUAUCGGCAGCACGUAUGACAUCACCGACGAGACAAUCACGCACCAUGUGGUGGACAGACCCAGCCUGGACAAACAGCACAUCAACAGGUACUACAUUCAGCCUCAGUGGGUGUACGACUGCGUGAACGCUAAGAUGCUCCUUCCGGUGGAGGACUACUUCCUGGGCGUCACACUCCCUCCCCACCUGUCACCCUUCGUGGAGGAGAAGGACGGCGACUACGUUCCUCCAGAGAGGCAGAAACUCCUUUCUCUCCAGAGAGGAGAGAAACCUGUCGCAGAGCAGGAUGAGGAGGAAGAGGAGGAGGAAGAAGAGGAGGACGAAGAGGAAGAUGAUGAGGAGGAGGAGGAGGAGGAGGAGGAAGAGGAGGCUAAACUGAAAGAUAUGGAACAGAAGAGAACACAGGGGAAGGCCUUAUCGGUGAAGGUGACCCCUGGAAAGGCGACAACAGACAACAGGCAGCGAUUGGAGGAGGAAGAGAAGGCUGAGGAGAAGAGGCUCGCCAUCAUGAUGAUGAAGAAGAAGGACAAGUAUCUCUACGAUAAGAUCAUGUUCGGGAAGAAGAGGAAGGUCCGAGAGGCUAACAAAAUGGCAGCCAAGAGAAAAGCGUUCGAGGAGUCCAGCAAAUCGGACAGAAAGAAGAAGGCGAAGAAACAGUAGAGGAGAAACGCGAAUGGACGUUAUUUUUAUUAUUAAAAAUAAUUCUAUCCGUUUAUCGGAAACCGUGUCAUGGCCUGUUGUAUGCAAAAAAAAAAAAAAACCCGAAACAACCCAAAUAACAACAGAAUGUCUUUUCAAUGUUAUUUAGGCUUCAUGAUGACGUUGUAUUAAAUCAAUCCAUUUUAUUCAUGUAUUUUAAAUGCUUCAACUCAUCGUCCCAUUGUAUUAAAAUAAUCCACUUUAGUCCGCAGUGUAAAAACACGUGCUUUUUUUUUUAUUUUCAUCAAAAUGCAAUGAACUAUUUUUUAUGUUCAAUACCAUAAUAUCUCAGAUAGACAGAUCUCUGAAUUUUAGAUAUUCUCGUGAGAGGUUCAUAUCACCGAAUUUGAUUUAAAAAAAAAAAAAAAAAACCCCACCAAAUCAGAUCCAAUAGCAAGCCAGUAUUGGUUUAAUUCUCAGUUCUGAAAUUGAGAAUAAUUAAAGGGCUAUCGUCAUUAGAUGUGACGUCUGGUAGGCCUCGAAGGUCAGUGCUUAGAGGGCGAUCUGAAAAGCACUCGCCCUGUCGUCUGAUGAUCAGGGGGUUCAAAUCCGAUGAUAAGUCCAUCCGGCUAGCAAAACCGCCCAUGCUUUCUGAGAAGGAGCGCUUGCGUACCGUCUCUCUAAAAUCGAUCGAUCGUGGGCGUCUGUGCACUCGGAUGCCGGUAGAUUGUGCGUUCGUCCGAGUGUCUCACUCGGCCUUGUGAUCGAGCUGUAGCAGCAGUUCGAGAAGAUGUGGUUGGCUGGCUUGACAUUUCCCAGUUGUUGGCUUCUUAUAGGUGGGAACUGGUGACCAAGUUGGGGAGAAAAAUUUGAGGGGAAAAAAAAAAUGAAUCAGUGCUUGGCCCCCUUGUUUACGACCUCACUGCAAAAGCAUUCAUUGUCAUGGUUUCCAUGACGACACAGCCUGGCCACAUUAUUUCCCCUCCAAUAUUCUUGGUUCAGAUCCUGCAGACGAGAACAUGCUUCGUUGAGAGGCAGGUUUUCGACUCGUUAAGUUUCGCUCUUCAUUAGCAUUAGGCACAAAGAUACUUUGGUCAUUCUGCCUCGGUUUCAAGUUUGUAAUAAACUCCCCAUUGCCUCAUUAGUCAUGGAUCCAGAGUCCAAAUGAGCCGGUUUCAUUAAAUUAUUAAUCUGUAAAGCUGCCCAGUGUCUAUUUCAGGCCUUAAUAAAUAAGGAGAUUCAU